UCGCGCACGUUACUCUCGGUCAUUUCGUCCUGUGAAUUGCAAUAAGAAACAUUGGAGCAGCUUUCAUUAAAAGUCUGCCACGUGCUAAUAUAGUUUAUUAUAAAAAAUUUAAUAAACACAGAAAAAAAACAAUUAAUUAUUUACAAGUGCUUUUAAACUGGUCGUUUUAUUUUAUAAAUUUUUAAAUUAAAAACAAUUUACAAAAAAAAAAAAUAUGGCAGACUAUGUUAUUGGUAACGCAAGGCCAGCCGACGUCCCGGUUCCUGAGGAUGGUCUAUCGGCGGCUCAGUUAUUUUCCAAUGGAGGUUUUACUUAUAAUGAUUUUAUUAUUCUUCCCGGUUACAUUGACUUCACUGCUGACGAAGUGGAUUUGCAUACUCAUUUGACGCGUGAUAUUGUCCUUAAAGCACCAUUGGUAUCAUCACCGAUGGACACUGUCACCGAAUCCGAUAUGGCCAUUGCAAUAGCACUUUGUGGAGGAAUUGGAAUUAUUCAUAGUAAUUGCACCAUUGAAUAUCAGGCCAAUGAAGUUCAUAAGGUGAAAAAGUACAAGCACGGUUUUAUUCGAGAUCCAGUGGUACUCUCACCGAAUCAUACAGUGAACGAUGUAAAACGUGUGAAGGCAGAAAAUGGUUUUUGCGGAGUGCCAAUCACUGAAAAUGGAAAAAUUGGCGGUAAACUUUUGGGAAUAGUGACAUCCCGUGAUAUUGAUUUUCUUGAAUCAAACAUUCAACACAGCAUGAAACUUGAGACGGUGAUGACAAAUCUUGAAAAUCUUGUCACAGCAAAAUCGGGUGUUUCAUUAUCCGAGGCAAAUAUGAUUCUUGAGAAAUCGAAAAAAGGAAAAUUGCCAAUUGUCAAUGAUAAAGGUGAAUUAAUAUCAUUGAUGGCGAGGACAGAUUUGAAAAAAAAUCGUAGCUAUCCAAAUGCAAGUAAAGAUGCUAAUAAACAACUUUUGGUUGGCGCUGCAAUUGGAACACGUGAACAAGAUAAAGAGAGACUUGAACAAUUGACAAGUGCUGGUGUCGAUGUAAUUGUUCUUGAUUCAUCGCAAGGAAAUUCUAAAUUUCAAAUUGGAAUGAUACGUUAUAUUAAAUCAAAAUAUCCACAACUUCAAGUGAUUGGCGGCAAUGUUGUGACAGUGAGACAAGCGAAAAAUUUAAUUGAAGCCGGUGUUGAUGGAUUGAGAGUGGGAAUGGGUUCGGGUUCAAUUUGCAUAACACAGGAAGUAAUGGCCGUUGGUCGUCCACAAGCGACGGCUGUUUAUAAAGUUGCUGAAUAUGCGAGAAAAUUUGGUGUACCCGUGAUUGCCGACGGUGGAAUACAAUCGAUUGGUCAUAUUAUUAAGGGAUUGAGUUUAGGCGCUUCAACAGUGAUGAUGGGAUCAUUAUUGGCUGGAACAUCAGAAGCGCCUGGUGAAUAUUUCUUUAGCGAUGGUGUGAGAUUGAAAAAAUAUCGUGGCAUGGGAUCAAUUGAAGCAAUGGAUAGAAAAGAUGCAAAUGGCUCGGCAAUGGAUCGUUAUUUUCACAAUGAACAGGAUAAAUUCAAAGUUGCACAGGGUGUAAGCGGUUCGAUAGUUGAUAAAGGUACUGUUUUUAAAUUUUUACCUUAUUUACAAUGUGGAAUCAAACAUGGAUGUCAGGAUAUUGGAGCAAAAUCGAUAUCAUCACUGAGAUCAAUGAUGUAUAGCGGUGAGCUGAAAUUUGAAAAACGUUCAUCUUCCGCUCAACAAGAAGGAAAUGUUCAUAGUUUAUUCUCCUAUGAAAAGAGAUUAUAUUAAUUUACACAAAAUUUUUUGUUUUUUUUUUGACAAAAAAGGGGUAACUGCAUUAUAUUGCAAGUGGUAAAUUUUGUAAAAAUUUCUUUUUUUGAAAAAAUAAUAUGAAAAAUCCAAAUACAUAUUUCUUGGAUAGAAAUAACAAUAAUAAUAAUAGAUAAUUAAACUUUGAGAAUUUUUACAAAUAUUUUCUCGAUCUAAAUUUUUAAUUGCAUAGAAAUUUUCUUUUGAUUCUUGGAUUUUGUUUCCUCAAUUAUUUUCUUUUUUGAAAUCAAAAUCUAUUUUUUAAUAUUGAGUUUUAAUUGUUUAAAAAAAAUAAUAUUUUUUAUAUUUAUAUUUAAUGCCUUUGAAUGUUAAUGACUAGAAGUUAAAAAAAAAUUAAAUUUCGUCACACCUGAGGAAAUAGAAUUAAUAACAAUUAGAUAAAUGAUUUAUAAUUAAUUGACAAUGGAGAGAAGGGAUCUUUCACAAAAAUUCCUUCAUUCUUAAGCUGCGAUAGAAACAAUGUCUUGUCUUAAUAAAUGUCGAUCUGUAUUGUACUUAUGUAAAGCUACCUAUGAACCUGAAAUACGUCUACACAGUAUCGAAUAGCUAUAUGAAAUAGGAAAAUGAAUUUUUUUUUUAAGACGCUGUUUUUUCUUUGAAUCUUCAGUAUAUGAUUGUUCAACUAAUCUGUCAAUAAUUCUCAGUCGAAUUUUAAUUUAGUGCUAAAAAAAACAUUUUAAAUCUAAGUAAAUAUUUCUUAAAUCAAAAAAUUAAUGUAUUGAUAAAUAAUAAUAAUAACUAUCCAGUUCAAUUUUAUUAUUUUUCUAAAACAAAUUUAAAACUAUUAUAAUUUGAAACAAAAGGAAAAUUUAUUUAAGAAACGUUUAUUAGAUUUAUUAAUAAGUUUUAUUACUCGAUUAAAAUUAAUAAUUGACUGAAUUAUUUUUUAUCAGUGGAAAAAAUUUGCGUGUCAGUCAAUCCAAAUGCCAAAUUAUGGAAACACUAUUUUUUUAUAUACAUACUAUAUAUAUGUUACUUUCAUUUUUUUGCAUUUUGUUUUUUUUGUUACUAAACUUUAUUAAUUGAAUAAUAAUUAUAAUAAUAAUAAAUGUAGACAGUAAAAAUAGUAAUGAAAUUCUCAAUGUUUAUCGAGGAUUGGAAAUAAUUUGUGUAUUGUUUAAUUGACAAAUGUCCUUUUUUUGUGACACCUGCGAAAUUUUUCAAGUAUUGUUUUAUAAUAUUCUGAGAAAAAAAAGAGAAUAAGAAGAUAAAAGAAUACAUUUAACCGGUGGAGAAUUCCUACGAAGAACAUAUUACAUAAUAAUAGUUACUAAUAUGGCAUUUUUUAAAUGAAAAUUUAAAAAAUAAUUUGCAAAUAGAUUUUUGAAGAAAUUAUCACUUUUUCUUUUAUAUGUUAAAUUAAGUUGAAUGUUGAAUGUUCGCAAUCUCUUCGUAGGAGCUCAAUUUGUAAGUUUUCUGAGUGAAUGGCAAUUUUAUAAUUUUAAUAAUCUUAACAUAGUCUACGAUGUGUAGAUUUAGAACAAAAAAAUAUAUAUUUCAGCCAAUAUACAUAUAUUUUUUACAGACAAAGAUAUCAUGUCAAAAAAAAAAAAAAAAAAAAACAUUUAGAAUAAAAUUUUUCUUGGUGUUUUAUCGAA